UUGAAGGAGAAACUGCCACCAUAACAGAUCAAUUGGUUUAACUUUUACGCUAACCUUAUUUCUGUCAUUCAUCAACCUUAGGCUUAUACCCAUUUACAAGAGAACUAAAAAAAAAGGUUUUACCACCAUUGUGGACCUAACUGAUUAAAAUAGCAAGUUUCUAUGGGAUAUGAAUAGUCAAUUCAUUUUCUAUGAUUUAGUACACCUUUGUGCAUUUUCCCCCACAUAGACCAUUUCUUUUAAUUUAUAAUAACUAUCACAUGCCUGUGCCUUCUAAUUUUUCAGUAACAGAUGUGGUGUUGCCAAAGUAUUUUACUCACCUUUCUUUUCUUUUUGCUUUAGCGGAGAAUUCAUUCGAUGUUUUCUAGUUUUAGUUUUGCUUAGUCCCAUGCACAAAUAACCCUGCACUAUUUAUAAUCGAUUUCAUCAUGAUAAUAUUUCCUCUUUCAACAGAACAUUGAGGGAAAGAUUGAAAAUGUCAGUGUCAGUUUUUAUAGUGAUUUCUUGGACAGCGAGAUUGCAAUUGUGCACUGCUGCCCUUUGGAACGCCUCCGUCUAACGAAAUUACACGACAAGAAACGAAUGGCUUAACACUUCAUCUCCUUCAGCGACGCUGAAUUUCCAAAAAUUAAUAAUAGGCUGGAUUCAUAAGCCACCCUAUUUGUACGCAGUUCCCAACGCUACGACACCGUCGGGGAUGGGAGAAGAAGUGGUACUGAAAUUCUUUACCCGUUGUGGUGCAACAUUCCUCCAAGAUCGCCAUGCUAGCAGCGAAUUUGAAAUGAUUAGCCUUCUGAGGCACAACAAAAUCCACGUUGCUGCUCCGAUAUUCGAACCCACGAGCCAUAGACAUUACAGUGAGUUUUAUUUUAUUCAAACCCAUGAUUAUCCGGGCACAGUAUACAUUUCUAUCGAAAACAGAGAAGAUGUUGUGCUCAAUGCUGUUUUGAGCGCCUGGCCUUUGUUCGGCAUCAAUCUUGUUCUCGCGGCAAUUGCUGGUAUAUUUGUUUGGGCAUUGGACACCUACUGGAACCCCGAGGAAUUUAAUCGUCCAUUCCUCAAAGGCUCCUGGGACGGCUUUUGGUGGUCUUUUAUUUCCAUGACAACUGUUGGGUAUGGCGACAAAGUUCCAAAGUCAGCUAGGGCGCGUAUAUUUUCUGUUAUUUGGAUCACAUUAGGUCUCAUUAGUAUGUCAAUCUUCACGGCUCAUAUCGCCUCUACCUUGACGGCUCUCUCCAUGGAACAUGAACUAAGCCUGAAGGAGCUCAAGAUUGCAGUGUUAGACAACGGUACUGAAUAUCAGCAUGCACUUGAAGAAGAUGCAAUUCCUACAGUAUUUGGAGAUAUUGAUGGCGCCAUUCAAGCUUUAGAAGCCCGUGAGGUAAAUGGAAUAAUGUUGGACCGCCUCACUGCCUCUUUUUAUCAAAAGCAAGAUAAACUGAAAUCAUUGGUCACCGUCAAAACAAUGGAUCUUCAACGAGAAGUUGGUUUCCUUGUCUCAAAGAGAAGAAAGUUUUUCGCUGAAUGUUUGGAGUAUUUUCGCCCAGAUAUUUACCAGUUUGGUCUGUCGCUUACACAGUCCUUUAAGUUGAAACUUCAAAAUCCUGAGAAGACGGCGAGUGUUUUCGGUGACCAAUUCACCAAGUUGAAACUUGUGCUCUACAUAUCAUUAGGAGUUUUAUCAGCCUUGAUCCUGAUGGGCAUUCUAUGGGAAUGCUUCCGUUCCAAAAAGGCACAGCAGAAAGUGAAGCGUAACCAGGGUGAGUGUUCACAUCAGAGAUUGAUACCAACCUCGUUUCCAGGGCCAUAUCAUUUGAUAUAUGUGAAAAUUGACAUUCAUAAGGGAGAGAGUACUCAGGAAAUGAUCGAAGGAUUUUUGGGGGGUCUUAAAAUUUUCGAUUUUGGAACUUUUUGGGUAAAAAAAUUUUCUUAG